CGCACCGGCAGCCGCGCCCCAGCCCGGAGCCAGCCCGGAGGUCAUCCGAUUGCCCGCCAUCUGGAAGCCAUGGAGGCGCACAUCUUCGACUACCCGGAGCAGGGCAACUUCUCGGACAUCAGCUGGCCCUGUAACAGCAGCGACUGCAUCAGCGUGGACACAGUGCUGUGUCCCAACAUGCCCAACAAGAGCACGCUGCUCUACACGCUCUCCUUCAUCUACGUCUUCAUCUUCGUCGUGGGCAUGGUCGCCAACUCCGUGGUGGUCUGGGUCAACAUCCAGGCCAAGACCACGGGCUACGACACGCACUGCUACCUCCUGAACCUGGCCAUCGCCGACCUGUGCGUGGUCCUCACCAUCCCCGUGUGGGUGGUCAGCCUGGUGCAGCACAACCAGUGGCCCAUGGGCGAGCUCACCUGCAAGGUCACGCACCUCAUCUUCUCCAUCAACCUGUUUGGCAGCAUCUUCUUCCUCGCCUGCAUGAGCGUGGACCGCUACCUCUCUGUCACCUACUUCUCCGGCACGGCCAGCGGCCGCAAGAAGACGGUCCGUCGGGUCGUGUGCAUCCUGGUCUGGCUGCUGGCCUUCUGCGUGUCAAUGCCCGACACCUACUACCUGAAGACCAUCACCUCGGCCGCCAACAAUGAGACCUACUGCCGCUCCUUCUACCCGGAGCACAGCGUCAAGGAGUGGCUGAUCGGCAUGGAGCUGGUGUCUGUGGUCCUGGGCUUCAUCAUCCCUUUCUGCAUCAUCGCCCUCUUCUACUUCCUCCUCGCCAGGGCCAUCGCGGCCUCGGCCGACCCAGAGAAGCACAGCAGCAGGAAGAUCAUCUUUUCCUAUGUGGUGGUCUUCCUGGUCUGCUGGCUCCCCUACCACGCUGUGGUGCUGCUGGACAUCUUCUCCGUCCUCCACUACAUCCCCUUCACCUGCCAGCUAGAGAGCUUCCUCUUCACCGCCCUGCACGUCACGCAGUGCCUGUCGCUGGCGCACUGCUGCGCCAACCCCGUGCUCUACAGCUUCAUCAACCGCAACUACAGGUACGAGCUCAUGAAGGCCUUCAUCUUCAAGUACUCGGCCAAGACCGGCCUGGCCAAGCUCAUCGACGCCUCCAGGGUGUCGGAGACGGAGUACUCGGCCUUAGAGCAAAGCACCAAAUGAGGAGAGCGGGCGAGCGUCCGGAGCUCCGGGACCUCGGUCCGGGCGUGAACUUCAGAGGGCACUGGGCUGCCUCGCCUCCAAGAAGUCAAGCAGAGGGGCUUCCCCAGGGUCUCCGUGCGGGAGCAUUUGAAAAGAGGAACCUGUGUCCUUGGGCCUACCUGUCCCACGUGAGAGAGGACCUGUGUUUGGGCAGCUUCCCAUCCUGCAGCGCUGGGCCGGGUGGCCUGGACAAGGCGUCAAGCCUGCUUCAGGAAGAGCUUGCCCCAGCUUCUGUACAAUAGGACUUUCAGAGCCCCCUGCAUCUGUGUGUGUGUGUGUGUGUGUGUGUGUGUGUGUAUUUUUUCUAUGGUGAUUUGUAUUUAUAUGCUCAGACUUUAUUUUCUCACUCUUGAUGUAUCUUAUAAUGCCUCUGAAAUGGAAGUAUAUUUUAAAUACUGUUCGGGAGUGAGAGCGCAACGUGGGUUUGGCUUGCCGUAGCCAUAAGGGUUAGUUAGGCUUCAGUCCUGACUGACUGAGGGGGGUGUGGAAGUUAGCUGUUUUUGAAAUCAUAUAAAUAUGUCUAUGGAUCUAUAUAAAUGCUAUGCCAGGCUUGGGUGAGAGAUCUUUUAUUUACGAAAGUUUUAUAUCUGCGUGGGGCUUUG